AUGUCGAAAAGAGCCGCUGAUAUCACCGACGACCAAUCCGCCCUCAAGGCCGGAGGGCGUCCUAUCGCCGAUGCCCCUCCCGAUGAGGCGGGGGAGUUUGAGGACGAGUAUGAGGAUGAGUUCGAGAGCGAGGAUGAGAUCUUGGAGGCUGGUGUAGAUGGGCGACCUGAUGCGGAACGGGAAGAGGAGCAAAAAGAGGCUAUGGAGGUGGACAAGCAGACCUUUAUCCCCGGUAGAACGAAACUCGGUCCUGAUGAGGUGCUGUCGCCCGAUCCCUCCGCUUACGACAUGCUGCACACCUUGAGCACCCCGUGGCCCUGUCUCUCCUUCGAUAUCGUCCCUGACUCGCUGGGCGACAACCGCAAGACCUACCCGGCGACCGUGUACGCCGUGACGGGCACCCAGGCCGAGGGCGGUCGCGCCAAGGACAACGAGCUGAUGGUGCUCAAGAUGAGCAGUCUGAGCAAGAUGGAGAAGCAGAACGAGACGGACUCGGACAGCGACUCGGACGACGACGACAUGGGCGAACCCAUCCUCGAGUCGAAGAGCAUCCGGCUCGGGUCGACGGCGAACCGGAUCCGCUCCCAUCAGACCCCGGCGCAGUCGGGCGACUACUCCAAGCCCCCGCAGACCGUCACGGCCACCAUGCUCGAGAACGGCCAGGUGGUCAUCCACGACGUUACGCCGCAUCUGACCAGCUUUGACGUGCCCGGCACCGUGCUGCCCCCGUCAGCAUCUAAGCCGCUGUCGACGCUGCGCAUGCACAAGUCGGAGGGAUACGCGCUGGACUGGUCGCCGUUGCAGCCGCUCGGCAAGCUCCUGACGGGUGACAACAACGGAAUGAUCUACGCAACGAGCCGCACCGAGGGCGGCGGCUGGGUGACGGACACGCGCCCGUUCACGGGCCACACCUCGUCCGUGGAGGAGCUGCAGUGGUCCCCCAACGAGCGCAACGUGUUCGCGUCGGCCAGCAGCGACGGCAGCGUCAAGGUGUGGGACGUGCGGUCCAAGUCGCGCAAGCCCGCAGUCGACGUCCAGGUGUCGGGCACGGACGUCAACGUCAUGAGCUGGUCGAACCAGACCUUCCACCUGCUGGCGACGGGCGCGGACGACGGGCAGUGGGCGGUGUGGGAUCUGCGGCACUGGAAGCCGGCGGCGACGCAGACCCAGGCCACGCCGGUGGCGGCGUUCGACUUCCACCGGGAGCCGGUGACGAGCAUCGAGUGGAAUCCGACGGACGACAGCGUGGUGGCGGUGGGGUCGGCGGACAACACGGUGACGCUGUGGGAUCUGGCGGUGGAGCUGGACGACGAGGAGAGCCGGGCGGCGGGGAUGGCGGAGGUGCCGCCGCAGCUGCUGUUUGUGCACUACAUGGAGUCGGUCAAGGAAGUGCACUGGCAGGCCCAGAUGCCAGGGACGGUCAUGGCCACUGGGAGUGCAGGAUUCGGGGUGUUCAAGACGAUCAGUGUGUAA